UAGGAAGGAAUGUGUAUAUUUUAGGCUGGCCGCUUUCGUCGAGUCUGUUCAACGUCAAGCAACAUUCGAUACGGUCAAGGCAAUUAAGUCGUAUAAAUUCGAACAACACCGCUUCUCUGCUCAUCAGAAUCAUAGAAGAGAAUGACUAGAGAAGGAAGUAAAAACGCGCACAAGGACUUCAAACAUCAAGCGCAGUUCAAUCUAGAUGGUGUGGGAUGGUUCUCGAAGGAGGAACUCGAGGGUGCAACUUACCCAAGAUUAUGCGAGCCAGGAAAUGACGUCGGGCCAUUGAAACUGGUCAUGAACCUGUACCACCAUGCUCAAGCACACGCUGGGCAAUACGCCUUUCUAAGCUUGCACACUCAGACGCCGAUGGCCGCAGCCACGCAUGAAAUGGCCCAUAAUUCUUCCACCUAUACAGUCGUGACGAACCGGGGUAGCAUAUUGUGGUCCCGCAUUGUCUAUGCCACGAAUAUGUACGCCUCUUAUCUCCUUCCCUUCCUCGUGGGUCCAGAUGGAAUUAUACGAACUCGAGCACAAGUAUUGGCCAUCCUUGCUUCCGUCGGUACAGAUCAAAUUGUUUGAUACGUGGGGACAUUGAGAGCGACUAAUAAUCGUAGUUUUCAGCCUGCUAUGGAUCACAUCCUGGAAACCGAUCCGAGCACCGCUUCUCCUGCGAGUGCAUCGAG